AUGAAGGUUCCAAGGCGGUCGAGUGGGGCGGCGGCUGCUCAAACAGUGGUGGGCCAGCAGUUCCUGUCCUGGCUGUUUGAGGGUGCCUUGUCGCAUUGCGCUCCAGUGCCGAGCGAAAAGGGCGCGUCUGCGUCAAGAUACAAUUCGAAACAUGAAAAAGACGUGGCGCCUACAUUAAGCUAUUCAAGCACGAGCGGCGAAACGGACGAUGUAGAGUAUACACGUCCCUCGAGAACGGGCCUUUCAUGGGAAAAACAAAAACUCGCCUGGUCAGAAGUGACCAAGCGGUUCGUUCGAAAAUUCACCAGGACUAAAGGCUCAUUACAGGUAGUCUAA